AUGAACGCAAGCACAGACCCAUUCUUUCAUGGCAACCCCUGGCUCCACUUCUCCGUGUACCUCUUUGCCUUCCUCGUGGGGCUCCCCCUGAACCUGCUGGCCCUGGUGAUCUUCGUGGGCAAGCUGCGGAGCCGCGCAGUGGCCGUGGACGUGCUCCUGCUCAACCUGACCAUCUCGGACCUCAUCCUGCUUCUCUUCCUGCCCUUCCGCAUGGUGGAGGCGGCCAGUGACAUGCUCUGGCCUCUGCCCUUCUUCCUCUGCCCCUUCUCGAGAUUCCUCUUCUUCACCACCAUCUAUGUCACCUCCCUCUCCCUGGCGGCUGUGAGCGUCGAGCGCUUCCUGAGCGUGGCCUACCCGGUAUGGUACCAGAGCCGGCCCAGGCUAAGACAGGCGUUGCUGGUCGGCGGGGCCUGCUGGCUGCUGUCAGGGACUAACUGCAGUGUGGUCUAUAUUGUGGAAUUCUCCGGGCAUUCCUCCCCUACCCAAGGAAGCAACUACACCUGUUAUCUGGAAUUCCAGGAGGAACAGCUGGCCAUCCUCCUACCUGUCCGGUUGGAGAUGGUGGUGGUUCUCUUUGGGGUGCCUCUGCUCAUUACGAUUUACUGCUACAGUCACCUGAUAUAUUUGCUCAGUAAGGGAUGCAGCCGUCGCCGGAGGAGGAGGGUGGCGGGGCUGGUGGUGGCCACGCUGCUCAACUUUCUCAUCUUCUUUGGACCCUACAAUGUGUCCCACGUCGUGGGCUAUAUCCAGGGUCGAAGCCCGGCGUGGAGAAGUUACGUGCUGCUGCUCAGCACCCUGAACUCCUGCAUCGACCCUCUCGUCUACUACUUCUCUUCCUCUCAGUUCCAAGCUGAGGUCCAUGGGAUGCUGAGGAGACUGGCCGGGGCCUGCAGACUUGGGAGGCAGGGGGACUGUGGAAAACUGAGGGAUGUGAUGGCAGGAGAGGGUGUCAUCCACAACGUUUAUACCUAG